AUGAGGCUCGCCCAUAUCAUUUAUCCGGCUCUAGCCAGUCUGGCAAGCAUUACAUUGGCUCAAGAUGUCUUGUUCCCGUAUAUGCAUGGCCUGAAAUACUCGGAGUACAAUGAGACCGUCAAACUGGGACUAUCAGCCCACGUCUGCAAAGAUGAAGCAGAAUGGUACAACAUGACCACGGAAGAUUUUGCCAAGUACAAAGCCAUCAUCGUCCCCGACUGCCUCUGCAACACCAGUCUCAACACCAUCAAGUUCCUAGAUGACACAAAAAAGGAAUGGUCUCCGGCCGUGACGGGAAACAUGAUCCUUAUCGGCACCGACCCUUCCUUUCACGCCAAAUGGUUCGGACUUCCCGGUGCAUACGCCAUGAUGAAGGACGCCAUUAGCCACGUCACCCUCGGCAACAAGGAUGGCACAGGCAUGUACUUCUCGCUCUCGUGCUAUUAUCAGAGUAACUCCAGCCAGAUGACUGUCCAGUCUCUGUCCGAGAUUGGAAAUUUCCAGGUCCGGGGCAACCUCAGUCACCCGUGUCUGAACGACGCCCAUCUUGUGGCCACGUCCAACGUCAUGAACUCGCUGAACGACGGCAUAGCAAGCGACUGGAACUGCAGUGUCCAUGAGGUGUUCUCGGACUAUCCUCGGGACGGGUCCGGUGGCUUCAACGCGCUGGCUGUGGCCGUGAACGCUUCCGGUCCGGGGCAGCAGGAGUUUGCUGACGGCACCGUGGGCAUUCCGUACAUAAUUGCGCGUGGAGCAACUCCCGUUGGGUGCGGAAACAAUGUCACGGACACCAAGUUCCACGAGCAGUGCGACGAGGGCAAAGCAAAUGGCACUCCCGAGAGUCUUUGCUCGGCAUCGUGUAAGUGCAUCUAUGGCAUGAUCAGCCCCGGAGUAUGUCGUCCCAAAGACAACAACACUGCGUCGACGACUACCAGCCACGCACCAAGUUCGACAAUCUCGUCAAACUCGAGGCCCGUUGUCACAGUCACGGCAUCGCUCCCUUCAAGCAGCGUGACGGCAAAUCUUACCUUUAUCGAUACCUCGACCACUCCUAGUUCCACCGGGCCGGAAACAGAUCCCAUCACCGUGACUGUGUUUCCCUCCAGUCCCAGCUCACCAUCGAGUGUUCCACCAACAGUUACCGUUACUCCUUUGCCUGCGCCCUCCUCAGUUACGUCUCCUAGCAGCAGCUCGAGUAUAUCUUACGGCAACGGUACCUCGCCGCUUGAACCUCCCCGUCCUCCUCCAACGGUGACUGUAUUCCCGUCAGAGGAUCCAUCAGGAUCACCACCCAGAACGGUCACCGUCGAGCCAUCAUCUCCGUCCAACUCUGGUGGUUCACUAUCACCAUCGCCAUCCGGUUCAGGUCCAGUCACCGUCACAGUUCUUCCGCCCGCCCAGUCCGCUAACGGGACUUCACCACAGAGUUUGGGUUCGCCGUCAUCACAGCCCGUAUCAGGACCCGUCACCGUCACAGCUUUCCCUCCAUCUCUCAGCGGCUCUCCCCCUCCGUCUUCGAUACCCUCGCAGGCAGGCAAUUCUUCUUCGGCCCCAUUGGCUCAGUCAAGCGGCGAUUCGGCGCUCAGCGGAUCAAGUGGGCCCGUCACCGUCACUGCUUCCGGCUCUGGUCGACCCAAUAAUAGUGAUGCGCCCUCCUCACCGGAGACAGCUACGGCUGAUCUUGGUACGGGAUCCGCGAGCAGUUCUCCUGUGGGAUCAGCAUCUGGAUCUGGCACUACCUCCAGGGGGCCUCCAAGCUCUCCUUCCUCUUCUGGUCCACAGUCGGGAGCAUCGCCGGUCACGGUGACGGCGCAGCCGACCGAUCAGCCGAUUGUGUCUUCCCAGUCACCAGGAGGAGGUUCGUUGUCGGGCAUCCCAGGCUCUUCGGGGUCUGGGUCGUUGUCGGAUUCGCCUGGCGUGUCUAGUAGUCAACUCAGCGCCUCUCGAGGACAGGUGACGGUGACAGCUCAACCAUCCGCUCAAAGUAGUGUGCAGCCGUCGUCCGGUGUUAGUGGUGGUGCUGGUGGUGGUAACGGUGGCGGUAAUCCGGGAUCAUCGUCUUCUCAACCUGAAGGAUCAUCUCCAUCCAGUUUAGGUUCGGGCUCGAAUACGGCUCCUCAAUCGACAGUGACGGUUAUUCCCAGCGCCAGUGGAGAGCCUGAUACAGAGGGACCUGACACGAGUGGUAAUCCGGGAGCAGUGCCGCCGUCCAGUAGCCAAAUGACUGCGACAAACUCUGGACGAUAUUUGUCCAGCACCAGCGCGGAUACUCAAACAGCCUCAGGAGACCCAUUCUCUGCAAGCCCAUCAUCUGGAGCUGGAGCCGGAGCUGGAGCAGGAGCAGGAUCUGGGUCAGCAUCCCAACCUUCGUCUUCUCGCCCGCCAUUCAGUAACCAAACCGCCACCUUCACCUACUCGGGAAGAACUGUGUCAUCCUUGCCCGGUAGUCAGACAACAGGGCAUCCUGGCUCAUCCUCAGGAGCAGGUUCACUGAGCACUGCCACUGCUACGCCGGUCCCUGCUUCAGGAUCGGGUACUGCGACUAUAGGCGCAAGCAGCAUCUCAGCUGGCGGUGGGAGUAGCAACGGCAAUGGUAGCGGAAGUGGUAAUUCUGGUUCAGCAAGUGGGUCUGCACAAGCUCCCGGGGCGACAGGCACGGGCAAUCCUUCCAAUGGCGGUUCAGGAGCGGGUGGCUCACUCACGUUGAGUCCCUCAGGGCCCAUUAGUAGUGAACAGCCUGUCAGUAAUACUGCGUCUAGUGCACCCUCGAUGAGUCUGUCAUCGUUGAGCUCGGGGUCAUCCGUAUCUGGAUCAGGAUCUUCUGGGGAUUCAUUGACAGCUACAUCUGUAUCUGGUUCUGCAUCAGCUACUACUCUGCCCGGCCUUCCCUCUGGGUGGACUUUGACACGAGAUCCAGCCAACACUCACCCAGGCUCUGCUGUAUCCACAGGGCAAGCCGGUGGCGGAACAGGGAAUGGCAGUGGUUCAGUAUCCGGGACAACACUAGCAGUCUUUCCGUCUUCUGCUGCAGUGAACGGGACGAACACAAGAGGUAGUUCUUCGUCCGUGUCGACUGGUGCUGGAUCGGGUGGUGUUGGGACCGGCUCCCCGAUAUCCUCAGGAUCUGAUGUUACUAGUCCGUUCCCGACCGCAACUCCGGUAGGUUGUGAUAGGUGGAUUGGUGUCGAGAUCAUAUACAUGAUUGAGGAGAUCGAGGUCUGUCCUGAGGGGGCAACGGUCACGAUAACAACCACUUCAACAACUGCCACCAUGUCCCGGUCCAUUUGCAAGACCUCAGCAACAAACUUCCCAUGCUACCCAUGCAUCAUGGGAACACCUGCCUCGUCUGAUGAUCCCUUCACUGUCACUAGGACGUCGUGCACAACGGCCACUGAGCCUACCGUAACCGUCACGUUCCAGCCAUGCAGCACCUUGAUGGACCCGGGUGUUGGCCGUCCUUCUUCCGAGGUCUGGUUAUCGGCGCUGAACCCAACCACCAUUGCGACUCGACCAACAGGACCGGCAGCAAGUGUUGGUAGCGAGUCGGAAUGUACGACGUCAACUCUUGUUGGAGUUGGGGGCGGGUACCCAGGGCCGGCGGUAUCGGUAUCGGAAACACCACCGGUUAUUGUCCCGAUUCAUACCGAUCCUCCCACACCCGGUAACGGUGGUAAUGAGUAUGCCCCAGCAGGAUAUACUUACGGUCCUCACCCUCCUCUUGACGAUCCUACUCCUUCUGGCUCUCCACCGGGAGUGCCAGGAGCGCCGGGGUCAGGAGAGGGAGGAGUGUUGACUGGUGACUCACAUAGGCCCGCCAUGACUCCGGCGUCGACACCGGAGCCCGAUCCGGUGGUAGUAACUAAUACAGCUGUCCCGUUUCGCCCGACAACGGCGGCCGGAGCAGGCUAUGGUCCUGUUUUAGCUGGAGCUCCUGGCUUGAUCAUGAAGGCCAGGCAUGCUACUGCUGGGGUGGUCCUUGGAUUAUUUGGAUACAUCGUAAUGGUUCUGCUCAGUUGA